AGCCCUGACGAAAUGUCCUCGGCUCUGCUCCCUGCCCGUUUCUGCGAAGUCAACAGGAGACGAGCUAGUAUCAGCAAGCAGUGGGCUAAAGGUGCUGGGGGAGUAACGCUGUUCAAGGAGGAGAGGGAACGCAGCAGCUCGUUUUUGUUUGUUUGUUUGCCUGCUUAACGGCACAGCGCUCAGCAGGAGACGACAUUCAGCUAGCGGCAAACAGAAACUAGCGGAUAUUGUUGGGAUGGAUAGAACAAGUGAGUCCUUUUCGCCGCGAGAUUGGCGCUAAUUUGGACGUCCUGAGCAGCAGGUGUACUGAAGGAUAAAGCAGACCAAAGGCAAACCUCUGUGUUCAUGAAACUUUGCCACAAUUUCCGUGCUGGGGUUGCCGUCCACCAUGUUAAGGUAAGGCCCAGGUGCGCGGUGUUGACCAUGCUAAAGCGCCUGGACAAGAUCCGUUUUCGAGGCCCCAGGACAAGAGACGACUUCCCGGAUCUGGCCGAGUCGCCACCCGCCUCUGACAAUGAAUGUAGCGACGACAUGCAGCUGAAACCCAAGGUGGCUCUGCGAGACACUGACGACCUCAUGCGAGACCCUGCAGGUUCAGGGUCUCCCACCAUGGCUGCGGCCAUCCAGGAUUUCCAGAGGUCAGAGUUAGACCGACUCAACGAAGUCAAAGGGCACCUGGAAAUUGCCUUACUGGAGAAACAUUUCCUACAGGAGGAGCUGAGGAAGCUGCGGGAAGAGACCAAUGUGGACUCACUACGGCAGGAGCUGGAGAAAGAGCGAAGCAAGAGGAUAGACCUGGAGCAGAAGAUGAAUGAGGUGCUCAAGUCUAGGCUGGAGGACUCCCCGCCAAAGCCUCCCCGAAAACAGCAGUCGCCCUCAAACAAUGGAACAGCAGACAAACAGCAGAAGGAGGUAUGGAGCUCACGGCUGCAGAAGUGGCUGUACGAGCGCUUCGGGGUUUACAUCGAAGACUUUCGCUUUCAGCCCGAGGAGAAUACCGUGGAGGCUGAGGAACCACUAAGUGCUAAAAGAUUGACAGAAAAUAUGAGGCGACUUAAGCGAGGAGCCAGACCUGUUACCAACUUCUUAAGGAAUCUCUCUGCCUUAUCUAAUUGGCACUCUGUCUACACCUCAGCAAUUGCCUUUAUUAUCUAUAUGAAUGCUGCUUGGCAUGGCUGGGCCAUUCCCAUGUUCCUCUUCCUGGCUAUCCUGCGCUUGUCCUUAAAUUAUCUCAUCGCCAGAGGUUGGAGGAUACAAUGGAGCAUUGUGCCUGAGGUCUCCGAGCCCAUGGAGCCUCCAAAGGAAGAUUUGACUGUGUCUGAGAAGUUUCAGCUUGUACUUGAUGUUGCACAAAAAGCACAGAACCUUUUUGGUAAGAUGGCGGAUAUUUUGGAAAAGAUAAAGAACCUGUUCAUGUGGGUGCAGCCAGAGAGCACCCAGAAACUCUACAUCUGCUUAUGGGUGGCGUUCAUCACCUCCUGCAUCCUGCCAUACAAGCUUAUGGGCUUCAUGAUGGGCUUGUAUGCCGGUAUUAAGUUCUUCAUCAUAGACUUCUUGUUCAAGAGCUGUCCAAAGCUGCGGGACAAGUACGACACACCCUACAUUGUGUGGAACACCCUCCCUACUGACCCCCAGCUCAAAGAGAGGACCAACGCCACAAUGUCGCGACGGGUUCAGCCUGUGGUCUCUCGCAGCAGCCUUGCCACCAUUCCAUGUGGGGUGAGCAGAGAAGAGGAGACAGGUCGCUCCCACAGCACCAAGAAGGGAGCCUUUCAUGAGGUCUUCAACUUGCCGGAGUCAGAGCGCCCUCUGGCCUUGUGUGAGAAUGGCUGGAGGUGUUGCCUAAUAAACAGAGACAGGAAGAUGCCCACAGACUACAUCAGAAACGGAGUGCUUUACGUCACAGAGAGUUACCUGUGCUUUGAGAGCUCCAGCUCCAGAUCCAGCUCCUCUAAGAAGAAUAAAGUUAUCAGGCUGAUGGACAUCACUGACAUACAGAAGUACAAAGUGCUGUCAGUCCUACCAGGAAGUGGGAUGGGCAUCUCCAUAGCCACGCCUUCGACUCAAAAGCCAUUGGUGUUUGGUGCCAUGAUCCACAGAGACGAGGCUUUCGAAGCCAUCUUCACACAGUACAUGAAGAUCAUGACCACCACCAAACCACCGGCCAGCGCAGAGCUUUAGAGAGGCUGCAGCCCAGCAACACGUCUCUACAGCAGGGCUGAAGUCAGAGGCAGAGAGUCUUCUGAGCUCCUACUGGACUGGAAGAUAGUUUCAAACACCAUAGUCAUCUGCUCUGUGAGAACCACCUCCUCUUGUGUUGGAUUCCCUGACUAGGCCAUGUUGGAGGGAAUAUGUGUGUGUCAGCUACUUGCAUAGUAGGGAGUUACCAUAGUUACCUACUGCACUGUUUCUGGGUGUUGGAUAAUGGACACAAUCUACCAACUGGUUCUGUGAGGCAUGAAGAGCUGGGGUUUUUAUCAAUCAAGCCUGGUGAGGGAGCUGGUUCUCUUCUCCCACAUGACUGACCAACUUACUGGCUGACUGGUUUUCUGGCUUACUUGUUUCUGUGUUUGCCUUUGUGAAUGUAUGUGUGUGGCUCUAUUCUUCUUUAUUACUCAGUCAUCUACUGUGGUAGACAGAUUUCAAGAAGUGCUCAACCUGGCUCUAAAAUGAUACAAUGAAUAUCAUAACUAGAAGAUGAGCAAACAUUUUUUAACCGCUAGACACCUGUAGGAACAACUGUGUAUAUUUAGCUUUAUGAAACACUGCAAAAACAACUGUUAAUGUUGGAAUAUUUAGACUUUAAACUGGCUGAUUGGUGUCUAUUGACUUAGCCCAACAAAAUUAUAGGUGUGUUCAUGUGGCAGUGGUCAGUGGUUUUAUUUUAUUUUAUUUUUAUCUGGAUUAGCUGUGAAAAUGUCAUAUCACCAUUUGACUGUGUUAGGUACAGUGCUGCUGUCUAACUAGUUUCUAGACACACACACACUUCAGCAGUGAUGGUAUGUUUCAGCCACUGAAAACCUAUGCUGCAUUCAGCAUUCGCUUUGGUCUUUGCCAGUGUGUCUACAGUAUGUGUACAGUGUAGUGAACUGUUUUUUUUUUUUUUUCAAAAAUGUUGUUGUUUUGAAUUUAAAUUUCUGCUUUGUUUGUUUGUUUUUGUUUUGUAAGAAACAGCCUUGGGCAUGCGUGUAACUGGCGGUCAGUGGAGCUGCUGAUUGUGUUCCAAGAUGAGAGCACAACACUGCCUGACACUCAGACAUGUGGCACAGUGGAGAGUGUAGCUUCCCGUCUCUUUUCAAGGCACAAUCUGUACAUAUAUAAUGCAGUUUUGUUCUCUCCAUCAGUGGUAUUCUCCCUGCACUUUAUCAGAACGUUAACUGGAAUUCUUGACAUUUUUACAUCGCAGCGAAUAGACAUCCAGUGCUCACUAUAGCUGAAAUCAGUGUUCAGUGUUUGCAGGUAGUUUUAGGACUACUAGUUAUUUCCUGCGGUAUUUCUCCUUUGUCUGACUACUUGAGCCAGCACAUGUCACGUUGCAGGUGUAAUUGCAUCUCAAAUGCAGUCUGAUGCCAAUGAGCCAGACAACCUUCAGACUGACUGUAAAAGAAGAAGGUACUUCAACUUGAAAAUGAAGGCACUGGCAGGUUAUUUCUACAUGAUGGCACCUUCACACGUUAAUGUGCUGCGGUUUUUCAGCCUUUGAAAUAUAAAUCUAAACCUGAUAAUCCAAGAACAUGUCUUCUUCUGACUGGAUAUAAAGACUUCCUUAAAUGGCAGCUGACCGUGUUGUUUGAGGUUUGAUAAUCAGUAAUACAAAUCCUGGAUUUGUUGCUGUAAAUCCAUUUGUUUCCUUAUUAUCUGAAAACUAGGUUUGUGAGCUCUAAAGACUUGUCUGAUUAGUUUUUUUUUUUUGUUAUCUGUAAUGCCACAGUGAGUGGAGACUGGCAUCUGGGGGUUCCUCCACUUGUCCCAGAUUAUCUAAAUGUAAGAUUUUUUUUUUAAAGGUUGUCUAUGAAUUAUAUAGAUAAAGGUCUAGAAUGAACAGAAUAUUUCAGCGUUGCUUUAUUUCAUAACACCUUUCUCCAGAGUAAAGCUGGUCUCUACUCUUGUAGAAUGGCUUACGUAGAAAUACAGUAUAAUGCCAAACAACACUGGAUACUGUACCAUGUUUUGUGUGUUGAAUGGAGAUAGGAUACAGGAUUGGAGGUCAUGAUUUCCCUUCAGAGGCAGUAGAAUAGUAAUUCCACACUGCUAAUUCCUAUUUACUGUUUGCCCAGCAGCACAAGCUAUAAAGCUGUAAAUCUUACAAACUGCUGUUAAAAGGGAGACCUUGACAUGUGAAUAUUUACUUCUGUUCUGGGAAUUUUUCCUCACUUAAUACUCUUGUUUCUAGUUUAACGGUCCUCGGUUUAACGAGAGGAUUAUUUUCUGUGAUUCGCGCUGUAAAACUGCCCUCAUACUUCAAAUGUUUAAGUUUCUCUUCAAAUCUAUACAAGUCCUCUUGUCAUCAUUAUUAAUUAGAACAAACUGAACUGGAUAUGAAGUUGCUAGAUUUGCAAUGGACCAGUUCUCCAAAAGCAUCAUUAUUUUUUUUUUUUUUUGUUCAAACUAAUGGAUAUUUUAUUUGGGCUUUGGUCUGUUAUUAGCAGGCUACCUUCCCAGACAUGGAUUACUAUUUUUGUUUAAGAGUAAAUGUGUUGGGUGAAUGCGUGAAAUAUGCUGAUAUAAGAGCAGGUAAAAUCUGUAAAAUAAUUAAUGCUGUCUCACUGUGUGAUUGGAUGUCUUAAAGCUUUUAGCUGAAGCCUUCUGUAAUCUGUUAACUCUGAAAUCCAGUUUUUGGGGCUCCUGCAGACCCUAACAAGGCUGCAUUCAGACAAAACACAGAAAUGCAGUGUUCUUAAAUGUCUUGAGGCUUUUUUUUUCUCUUGCCAAAUCUUUAAUGUUUAAUUUUCCCUCUGCCAUAAUCUGCCUACGCUUAUGUGUACUGAAGGUUGUAAAAAUUCUUUGUUAUUUCUAUUUUUUUAACCACCCAGUUUGAAUUCCUGUGACUAUGGAGUUAUGAAAACUGGACUGCUCCACUGUUCUUGAAUUUAUGUCUCAGCUCUCAUUGGCUCUCACUCACAUGACUGUCUCUGCUCACCGUUAAUCAAUAGGAAAUCAUAGUGACAACAAGAACAGUAUUUUAAACCCCAUAAAAGUAUGUAAAUUGUCAUAUCCAACAUAGUACUUGGUUACAUUGUAGUGUAAGUUGCAGUUAAACACCAGAUUCACAGGUGUCAUACAGAGCAGAGAUGGCAAUGGUGGACUGAAAAGGCAAUGUCAGUGUUUUUGACAUUUAGUCCAUGUAACUUGACGCACCUUUUGGGGAUUGUACAGAAAGGCAGAAAUAGAGCCAAAGUGGAUAAAAAUGUCUGCACUUAUAGUACUAUACCUUUCUGUACUAUAGGAAGUGUUCAGCAAAGGGCUUGAAGAAAUAGUUUGAAAUUUUAGGAAAUAUGCUUUUUUAUAUACAGACAGGUGACCAAGGAAAAAUCCGUAUAAGUGAGUUGUUCUUCAGGGUGACAGUCAUUGUCCAUCCCUCCAGUAGAGUUUCAGAGAAUCAAUGCCAAGGCACAUUCAAGCUGUUCUGGUAGCAAGUGGUGGCCUAACACCUUAGGACACUGUUGGUUUUUCCUUUCAUCAUUUGCUUGCUGAGAACCAGAUGAGAAGACUGAUAUCACUUUCAUGUCUGUGCACUAAAUAUGUAGCUAAUGCAAGCAGUCUGUCAGCUUAGCAUAAUUUUAUUACAUUUGAAUAGAAGCAGGUUAAGCUAAGUUAACCAGCUGCUAGCUGUGGUUCGGUUCUUACCAUAGUUGGAAAUAAUAAGUUACUUCACCAUUUCAGAUCUUUGCAGUUCAAACAUUAACAGACAAUAUAUAGUUUUUUCUAAGGUAAUUGUGCGUGUCACUGUUUAAUGCACUUUAGUAGGCACAGUUUUAUUUUAACAACUGUUACUUUGUGAGCGUCCCUUCAUGAUUUACCAGCAUCACUAUAACUUGGUUUCAUCUGCCCAUAUUGCUCUUAAAAUUUCUCCCCCAAAUGUAUCUUUCAAAGUUUUUAGCUGUGACAUCAGUGUUGUCAGUUUUCUCAUGUAACUCUCUAUAAGAAAGUGAAUAAGCCUCAUUCUCUGAUGUUAAAAUAUUCCUUUGUUAUGAAUGGUAAGAUGUGCAUAAUGACUGCCAUACUGUCUUGCUGUGGUCCAAGGGUGCGGAUUAGGAUGAGGAUUUAACUGAUGUCAUAAUAACAUGGGCGUUGUCAAAAAUGGUGAUGUCUUCUCAUGGUCCCCUCCAUGGAAGUAGUUGUAUUAAAUAUAUAGUUCUUCUAACCAUGUACAACUGUUAAUUAAGAACUUUCCGGAAGGAUUUCAGGAUUCCUAAGUGAUCUACACUGAUAUACAGUAUAGUACAGUACUAACUGUAUAAGGACUUCUGUCUCACUAUGAAGAAAGUACAGAUUAACUAAGAUGCUUACAGCCUUAAUCUGACAUAAUGACUGAAGGUGAAUUAAAAGGGUUAAUUAAAUUACAAAAAUUACCAAAAAAUGUCAGUCCUAUUUUAUGGAGUGAGACAGAACUCCCAUUUAAUACAGUCAGUGAAAUGCAAAUUAAGUGUUACUGGGAAACACUGCUGUCAUUAAAAGAAGUGAUUUAUUAUCUGUGACAGUUGCAAUGGUGACUUUUUUUUUGUCAGAGUAAUCUGUAUACAAAUUAUUAAAAUGUACAGUGAAGAAAACAAACCACAGAGUUUUUAAAAGACAUCUGUUGUAAAAGAUCAUGUGAUGUACAUCUUUUAAUUUAAGUAAAGGUAUCUUGUUCAUG